AUGCUCGCCAAGGCCAGUCGCCUGCCGUCCGUGCUCAAGGCGACACCUUGGGCGGUGAGCACCGCCUUGGUGUUGGUACUAUCCGAUGCUCACCAGCGCUAUAAGCUCAUGCUGUUGCUGUUCGGUGGUGCCGGCGCCGCAGUCGUGGUCAAGGUGCUGCACAUUGCGAUGCGUGGACUGUGCAAGGACCCGUUGGAGGGCGCCUACUUGCUUGGUAGUCUGCUGUACGCCUUUGCCAAGACCGUGCUGCAGUUCAUCGCUCGAGGUUUCAAGCCCAUUUUCCCGCAGUGGACGCUGAGAUUCGAGCUGUUCCGCAUUUUCAUUCGUGUGGGGAUGGAAUUGUACGGUGAGCGUGUACUGGGAGACGAGAGCUACGCGUCCAUCGUCCGUGAGCAGAGCGAGUGGUUUGGCACGUUUUGGGGUCGCAAAGCCUGUCGUAGGGCAGGCAAACGCUAUGAACCGGUGAAGAUCAAUGGGCUGGAGCAUAUCUGGCUGCGGUCUCAGAUGCCUCGGAAGCCCAACACCAAGAGACUCGUAGUGCUGUACGCACACGGAGGUGGCUUCGCUAUCAUGAGUCCAAGGCUGUACAUCCACUUCAGCAACGCCUUGUGCAGCUUCAUCGAGAAGGAACUGGUCCGUCAACUUGGACCGGAGGCGGCCAGCAAGAUGCACGUGGAGAUUUUCCUGGCGAACUAUCGCAAGGUGCCUAAGUACAGCUAUCCGACUCAACCUCAAGACAUCGUCAAGGUUUACGAACACUUGUUGUACCAUGAAAACUUGGACCCGUCUCAAGUUGUUCUCGCCGGUGAUAGUGCCGGUGCCGGGCUAAUCAUGUCGGCGAUGCUAAGAGAACGCCGUACCAAGCCUCACUUCCUCCCGUUGUGUGCUGCUCUCCUGUGUCCCUACGUCGACCUCACGGGCGAUGAGCUUCCGUCCUCGAACUGCAUUCUAACACCGGAAUGCUGCAACGCAGUGUUGAAAGCGUAUCACCCGUCGAUCGAGGACCCCAGCAAGUGGGGCGAUGCCUCAUCCGUCCACUGUGACCUCCGCAAUCUGCCGCCGGUGUUCGUACAGACCGGAGAUCUUGACAGUAUUCACCAGCACGCGGUGCGCUUGGUGGCCAAGUCUAAUGCGGACGGUGUCACUAACUGGGAAUACGACCUACACAAGGGCAUGCCCCACGUCUUCCCCAUUUUCCCAGCGUGGUUCUUACCGCACGCCGACGUGGCUAUCCAAAAGACAGCAGCAUUUAUCGUCCGACAACUACGUCCGACGUUGAAGACCAACAGCGGCUUCAACCCCGCCGCUAUGGCAGCAUAG